GGCUUCGAUAAAUAUUUAAUUUUUUCAAAUGAUUAUUUCUUCCAUUAAAGCCGUUGGGAGUGAAGCUUGUCAACCGGUGACUACUUUGUUUCUCUUUUUGAAAGUUUCGGGUAGCAGAUAGCAUGGCUUCAGCUAGCGACGUUAGCUAACAUGCUAACACGGUGGAGAGACAGCAGGCUGCCUGGAGGACCGGCUUCUUCAUGUGACAGCAGCCAGGCAUGCUAGUGCAGCUCCUCGGGAGAUCUCUGCUCCGAUCGGGAUUACAGUGGCUCGGGGUCCAAGGACGGAGGGGCCUCUGUGCGGCGCAGAGCGACCUGUGUCCGGACACACAGCAGCAGGCAGACAUGAUCCGGAGCCGGGGUCAGAUCAGAAGGGUCCUCUGCGUGGCCGAGAAGAACGACGCUGCCAAAGGCAUCUCAGAGAUCAUGUCCAGCGGCAGGUCCAGGAGGAGAGAGGGGAUGUCAAAGUUUAAUAAAAUCUAUGAGUUUGAAUAUCAUCUCUUUGGUCAGGAUGUGACAGUAACAAUGACUUCAGUGUCAGGACAUUUACUGGGUCUGGAGUUUAAAGCACAGUUCCAGAAAUGGCACAGUUGCAAUCCUGUGCUGUUAUUUGAUGCUGAAGUGGAGAAGUACUGUCCAGAUAACAUGAAACAAAUCAAGCGGACACUGGAGAAAGAGGUGAGGCAGUGCCAAGCCUUAGUUAUCUGGACUGAUUGUGACAGAGAGGGAGAAAACAUUGGCUUUGAAAUCAUAGAUGUCUGCAAAGCAGUGAAGCCCAAUUUACAAGUAUUUCGGGCAAAGUUUUCUGAGAUCACCCCCAACUCCAUUCGGAGAGCUUGUGAGACCCUAAUGGAGCCAGAUGCUAACGUCAGCGAUGCUGUUGAUGUCCGUCAGGAGCUGGACCUGCGAAUAGGUGCGUCCUUCACUCGAUUCCAGACACUUCGGCUGCAGAAGAUCUUCCCACAGGCUCUGGCCAAUCAGCUGAUCUCAUACGGCAGCUGUCAGUUUCCCACUCUGGGUUUUGUGGUGGAGCGUUUCAAAGCCAUCCAGGCGUUCAUACCUGAGACUUUCUACAAGAUCAAAGUGCUGCACGAGGUGGAGGAGGACACUGUGGAGUUCAGCUGGAAAAGAAACCGUCUCUUCAACCACACAGCUUGCCUGGUGCUCUACCAGAUCUGCAUGGAGGAUCCCAUAGCAACAGUCACCUCAGUAACCAGCAAACCCAAGAGCAAGUGGAGACCGCUGCCUUUGGACACUGUGGAAAUGGAGAAACUUGCAUCUCGGAAGCUAAAAAUAAGUGCCAAAGAGACAAUGAAAAUUGCAGAGAAACUCUAUACCCAGGGGUAUAUCAGCUACCCCCGUACUGAGACAAACAUUUUUCCCGCAACCUUGGCUCUCGGUCCCCUGGUGGAGCAGCAGACACAAAGCCCGGUCUGGGGGACGUUCGCCCAGCGGGUGAUGGACCAGCCUGGCGGUCCCAACCCACGACAGGGCAAGAAAUCUGACCAAGCCCAUCCCCCCAUACACCCCACCAAGUUCUCCAGUACACUGCAAGGCAAUGAAGGACGUUUGUAUGAGUUCAUUGUCCGGCACUUCCUGGCCUGUGUAUCCCAGGAUGCUGCGGGGCAGGAGACCGUGGUUGACAUAGACAUCGCCCAGGAGAACUUCUCCGCCUCGGGACUCAUGAUCAUUGCAAGGAACUACUUGGACGUUUACCCGUAUGACAGGUGGAGUGCUAAGGUGAUUCCAGUGUAUGAGCAAGGCUCUCAGUUCCAGCCCUCUGCUGUUGAGAUGGUGGACGGACAGACGAGUCCUCCUCAGCUGCUCACUGAAGCCGACCUCAUAUCCCUGAUGGAGAAGCAUGGCAUCGGCACUGAUGCAACCCAUGCAGAUCACAUAGAGACUAUUAAGAGUCGCAUGUAUGUGGGCUUGACAGCUGAUCAGAGGUUUCUGCCUGGGGAGCUCGGCAUGGGACUGGUGGAGGGAUACAACUCCAUGGGAUAUGAAAUGUCCAAACCAAACUUGCGUGCUGAAUUGGAGGCGGACCUUAAGCUGGUAUCAGAGGGCAGAAAGGACAAACAGAGUGUGCUGCAGAACCAAAUCCAGAAAUACAAGAGCGUCUUCAUCGAGUCUGUCAGGAAAGCCAAAAAGUUGGAUGAAGCCCUGUCGCCAUAUCUGGGUGCAGCUCAGGAGAUCGCUGAAGCAGAGCAGCAGGACAUGGAGAUGCUGCUACCGGUCAGGAAGUGCCCUCACUGCGGGCAGGACAUGGUGCUGAAGAAGAAGAAGGAGGGAAACAGUAAGUACCUGUCCUGUGCGGGCUUCCCAGCCUGUAAGACAGCAGUGUGGUUCCCCGACACGGUGCUGGAGGUGAGCAGAGACGACGACAUCUGUCCCACCUGUCAGCCGCACCCUGUUCACAUGUUAAAGUUCAAGUUCCGCAGAGGCAGCCUCCCUCCCAUGAUGCCUUUAGAAUUUGUCGGCUGCAUCGGUGGAUGUGACGAGACGCUCAGAGAGGUGCUGGACCUGAAGUACCUUCGGGCAGGGGGAGGUGGGGGGGUGGAGGAGGGGGAUGGGUGGAGGAGGGGGAGGAAGGGGAGGACGACGAGACGACCCUCGCCCACCGCUCCACGGCCCCCAAGACCAGAGCACCCAAGACCCCCGAGUUCAAAUCCUCGACCUUCCCUUCCUCCGGUCCCCUCCUGGACCCCGCAGCCACGACCUCCAGCAGGUGGCGCUGGGGUCAGGGCAGACCCCAACAGCGAUGUCAUUGUGUGUAACUGUGGUCAGGAUGCACUCCUCCUAACCGUGCGCAAAGAUGGUCCCAACCAAGGUCGUCAGUUCUACAAGUGCAACGCUGGGAGCUGCAACUUCUUUCUGUGGGCGGAUGAGCCGAGUCAGCAGGGGGAGUCGCAGAGCCGAGGUCCUCCACUGGAAGCCCCACCGAGGCUCUCUCUGGGGUUCAGGAACCCCCAGGAGGAAGCAGAGGGCAGGAAGGGUGCAGGAGGACAUGCGGGACAGACGAUGUGUAACUGUAAUGAGGCAGCGGUGACACGUAUGGUGCAGAAGGACGGUCCAAACAAGGGCCGGAUGUUCCACACCUGCGGGAAACCAAGAGACCAAACGUGUGGCUUCUUCCAGUGGGCCGAUGAGAACGAACCUCCACCAGGUGUGUUUGGUGGUGGAUUUAAUGGUGGUGGCGACGCAGGGAAGAAGGGAAUGAAGAUAACGGGAGAUGCCACCGCUAACAAACCUCCAGCUGCUAGGAAACCUCGGACCUGCGGCAUCUGCCACAUGCCGGGACACACCCGAGUUACCUGCCCCCAGCGGUGACGGCUGCUUUAAGACACAGUGUGGAGGUGCUGAGGUCUAUGACUUAAAAGUCUGUGGUCAGAUUUUAUUUUUCAAAUAUGCAGAGACUCAGAUUGUAAGUACCUCUUCACAAGGGGUGGACCUCUUAUGAGAAUAUAAACAAGACCCUGUAUGCCUUCUGGAAAGUUACAUUUUGAUAACAGUUCCAAGAGGGCAAAAACUGCUUUGAGCGCAAGACUGAAGUCAUGCAAUGACUCAGACUCAAACUAAAUCAGAAAUUCUAUUACACAGUCACAGUUGUCCAGCACAAUGACGACUUUGUUAUAAAAAGGGGGAAUGUCCAAGACAUAUUGUGUCCCAGGUCAAUGGAAAUGAGAACUUUUCUCUCUGUUUUGAUCCAGCUGUAAUUUCUCAGUUCUCCUCAGAUCUGCAGUGUGCACGUUCAAGAUGAAUGGCUCUUUUCUGGAGCAUGGGAGGGAAGUAAGGGGUCAUUUUGGGGUCCAGUUAACUUUUAGUAUCGUAACGUUUUAGGUAAUACACUUAUUUGCUCUAUUGCCAAGAGUUAGAUGAGAAUAUUGAAACCAUUCUUAAGUCUGUACAGUAAAUAUGAAGCUACAGCCAGCAGUUAGCUUAGCUUAGCAUAAAUACUGAAAGUCUAAGUACAUUUACCAAAAUGCCUAACUUUAUAGAGCAGCAUUCGUAAACACACACACGCACGCUGAACUAUUUUGCUGCCAGAGGAAAAGAGGACUACAUGGAGAAGUAGAACCAGUUUUAAAACUUGUCGGUGUUUGUUACCGCGGUAACCUGGUUUUGCUCAGCUGGUCUUGAAUCGAAUGAAUCCCCCGUUCUUUGUGUUUAUAAACCUGACAUCUUGACUGAAAUCUGUUUUAAAAGAGUUAUUCUGCCUAAGAAGCACUGCUCUCUUUUAAUGAAUAAAUGUGUAUUUAAAGAGAAUGUAUUUGCACACAGUUUCUUAAUAAUUACUAGCCCUGACUGAGUGUGUGGUUUUCACCUUGAGAGUCUCUGUGUGUGUCGUCAUGGCAAAGUGUGGUCCAGGAGACACCGACUGUAGGAGGAACCAUCACAGAAGAGCUUUUGAGAACUUUACCAGUGUGUUUUGUUGAGAAGGUUUAGUUUGAAGAUGGGUGUGGUCCAAUCAAGGGCUGCCGAAAGAAAGAGAGUACUUCUUUUUGCCCCUAGCCAAAUUUGUCAUUACGGCUGGUAUGAUUCCACCCAUAGACUGUAUAAAAUAUGGACGUGGUCUCCUUGACGUCCAUGACAUCUGCCAUGGAUUUCUAAAGAGCAGUUGUGGAGCUCAAGUGUGUGGCUGUCAAUUGGUUCCCUUUUGGUUUUCAUCAUUGUUACCAUCACUACGUAUCUCAAGUGUUUUACAUUUGUUGGUUUUCUUCUAGGUGCUCUUCGAAAGAAACAUCAGAUAAAAAAUGUUUACACUUUGAAUAUAAUGGGUACAAAAAAAUGACUCUGUCUGUAGUCUGAGGAAUUGUCAGUACCAAGGACUUCUAUUGUAAUAUUGAUGAAUGCUAAUAAACAUAA